GUACCGGGGUGAUAACUGUUCCCAAAAAGUCUGACAUCACCUGUUUCAAGACCAUGACGGAUCUGGAGGCCCAGCCCGUUCUUUUCAUCCCCGACAUUCACUUUGGGAACCUGCAGAGGGCCGGACAGGUGUUUACCUUCAACACAGAAGAGAUGGAGAGAGAAGGGAGCGUCCUGGUGAAGAGGAUGUUCAGGUCGUCGGAUGAAGAUCUGUGUCCAUCGCCUCACAAACAGAUCAAAGAGGAGACACACAAGAGAG